GAGCUUUCUGUUGAGGAGAUUUGCCGGCCUUCCUUAUUAGGGUAUUGGAUGCUUAGAACAGAAGGAGCAGCGCCAUACAGUAAAGGUACAGCCUAGUGCCCCGCGUGUGGCGCUGACAUCUCUCACAGGGCGAAGGAACCGGUCUGCGGUCAGGCGCCCCCCCCCCCCCCUCUCCUUGCGGCCCUUGUAGAAGUCUUGUGUGGGGGAGACACACGGAACAGCCGGUGUCUGCGCCUUAUGACAGCUCCGCAAGGUGCUGAACGGACAGAAGCCGGAGGGUCCGGACGGGAGCGGAGCCUGACGUCCUGUACCGGAGCGGAGACAGAGCUGAAGCCGCUACCUGUGCCCGCCCGUCUGCCCAUGCUGCCGGUGCCCCCUUUGUCCUAGGUGCUGCAGACCUGUGCCCCCCUCCCGGGGAGGAGUUCGGGCAGGGGUCAGACUGCCAUGCACUGAUUGCCCUCCUCCCUCCCCGCCAUCCCCAGGACAUAAAUGAUAGAGGAUACCAUGACUCUGCUGUCUCUGCUGGGCAGGAUCAUGCGCUACUUCUUGCUCCGACCGGAGACCCUCUUCCUCCUAUGCAUCAGCCUGGCUCUCUGGAGCUACUUCUUCCACACGGACGAAGUGAAGACCAUCGUCAAGUCCAGCCGGGACGCCGUGCAGAUGGUGAAGGGCAAGGUGGCCGAGAUCAUGCAGAAUGACCGGCUCGGGGGUCUCGAUGUCCUGGAGGCAGAGUUCUCCAAGACCUGGGAGUUCAAGAGUAACAAUGUGGCCGUGUACUCCAUCCAGGGCCGGAGGGACCACAUGGAGGACCGCUUCGAGAUCAUCACCGACCUGCUCAACAAGAGCCACCCGUCCAUCUUCGGCAUCUUUGAUGGCCAUGGAGGAGAGUCAGCAGCGGAAUAUGUGAAAACUCAUCUGCCCGAGGUGCUAAAGCAACAUCUGCAGGACUUUGAAAGGGAUAAAGAGAACAGCGUACUUUCCUACCAGACAAUUUUGGAGCAGCAAAUUCUAGCAAUCGACCGUGAACUGCUGGAGAAGCUUUCAGGGUCCUACGAUGAAGCAGGUACCACAUGUUUAAUUGCUUUGUUAUCUGACAAAGAACUCACAGUGGCAAAUGUUGGGGACUCACGCGGAGUCUUGUGUGACAAGGAUGGAAACGCUAUUCCGUUAUCGCAUGAUCACAAACCAUAUCAGCUAAAGGAAAGAAAGAGGAUUAAGAGAGCCGGUGGUUUCAUCAGUUUCAAUGGGUCUUGGAGAGUUCAAGGAAUUUUGGCAAUGUCCCGUUCAUUAGGAGAUUAUCCCUUGAAAAAUCUGAACGUCAUCAUAUCAGACCCUGAUAUCUUGAGCUUUGACCUCGACAAGCUGCAGCCAGAAUUCAUGAUCCUGGCCUCUGAUGGGCUAUGGGAUGCCUUCAGCAAUGAAGAAGCUGUCCGUUUCAUUAAAGAACGCCUGGAUGAACCUCACUUUGGAGCCAAAAGCAUUGUGUUACAGUCCUUCUACAGAGGAUGUCCUGAUAACAUAACAGUCAUGGUAGUAAAGUUCAGGAAUAGUAGUAGAACAGAUGAACAAUAAGGUGUUUGCUUAUUUACAGACGGACUUCAGGCAAACUAUUUUAUUUUAAUUAAGUAGAAAAAUGUGAACACAUUAUUAAGAUUGCCCCUUGACUCCAUAUCCACGUCCUAGACUUUAACAUGGACUCAUGCAGCUAAUGUAUCCAUUGACUGUAACUUAUGAACGCACAGAAAGUAUAUAUUAUACCCAACAUUGUUCCAUUCUUAACAAGCAACUAUCUGUAUUAAAGGAAAGUGUUACCCUCUAA